GCUAAGCCACUUGUAUUACCAAUAAAAAAAGAAGCUAAGCCUCUGCAUGCACUUCUCAUAUUUACUUCGUUUCCUUUUCAUUGUUAAUUGCCAAAAGAAUUUCGUGUAAUUGGCUUUGAGAGGUAAAAUGGAAUCUGCGAACGAGCUCAAAUGGAGGAAGCAAGCUCUCAAACCGAUUGAUACGACGAGAAGAUCAUCAUCAAGCAAAAGCGAAGAAGAAGAAGAGAAUAAGAAUAGCCAGAAAACAGGUGAAGAAGAGCCAUUGAGCCCUUCAUCUCGUCUGUUUCAUGAACCAAACUUCAACGUCUAUGUUAUAGCCAUCAUGGGGUGCAAGACUAGAAUUUACCCAGACGUUUUCAAAGCUAACUUGGGCCAUACUUUGCUUAGACACCCUCGUUUCUCUAGUUUGCAGGUGAUGGAUGAGAGAAACAAGGGAGGAAUGAAAUGGGUUCGAACUCAAGUGGAUUUGGAAAAACAUGUGAUUGUUCCAAAGCUGGACCCAAACAUUGAUUCACCCGAAAAAUUCCUGGAGGAUUACAUUUACAACCUGAGCAAAACCAGCAUUGACGAAUCGCAGCCUCUUUGGGACCUCCAUUUGCUCAACUUAAGAACCUCAGAAUCCGAGGCCGUUGGUGUUUUCAGGAUCCAUCACUCCCUUGGCGAUGGCACUUCUCUCAUGUCUCUUCUACUCGCUUGUACUCGCCAAAUGAAUGAUCCUCUGGCUUUGCCAACUGUUCCAAUCAAGAAGCAAGAAAAGAAGAAUGACCAUACAUGGUUUUGGAGAAUUACGUCCAUGUUUUGGUCUUCUUUUCAGGUGUUUUUGAAUACUGUGGUUGAUGUUUUCAUGUUUAUUGCCACCGCGUUGUUCUUGAAAGACACUCAGAAUCCUCUCAAGGGUCCACCGGGAGUUGAAUUCACUCCUCGUCGAAUUGUUUAUAGAACAGUUAGCUUGGAUGACAUCAAGUUGGUCAAGAAUGCAAUGAACACUACCAUAAACGAUGUUGCUUUGGGGAUUACACAGGCUGGUCUGUCCCGCUAUAUCAACAGAAUAUAUGGUGGGAAUAACAAAGCUGAAGGAGCAAUAGAAAUAGAUAAUCUUCCAAAGAAAAUUCGCCUCCGAUCAACUUUGCUCAUCAACAUAAGACCAUCUGCAGGAAUCCAGGCUUUAGCUGAUAUAAUGGAGAAGGAUGGUGAAGCAAAGUGGGGCAACUGGAUUGGUUAUGUUCUCCUCCCUUUCACCAUUGCGAGAAGGGAUGAUCCAUUAGAUUAUGUUCGUGAUGCUAAGGCCACAAUAGACAGAAAGAAACGCUCCCUUGAAGCUAUAUUCACUUUCUCCAUUGCUGAGUUAGCACUCAAGCUUUUUGGCGUUAAGACGGCAAGUGCUUUGUCCCAUAGAAUUUUGUCUCAUACAACAAUGUGCUUCUCGAAUCUUGUUGGACCACUUGAGGAAAUUGGGUUUUACGGUCAUCCCAUGGCUUUCCUUGCACCUAGCUCUUAUGGUCAACCCCAUGCAUUGAUGAUCAACUUCCAGAGUUAUAUCGACAAGAUGACCAUUGUUGUAUCGGCAGAUGAAGGAACAAUACCCAAUCCUCACCAGCUAUGUGAUGACAUAGUGGAAUCACUGAGGCUCAUCAAGCAUGCAGUGGUGACUAAGGGGCUUGCCUAGAAAAGAGAAACGUACUGCCUCUUUUGUAAACUGCAAUUAGUUUCAGGAUUAUGCAGUGACAAAAGUUCUAUACUGUUUUUAUGACCAAGUUCAUAUACGUUGAGGUGACCUUUUUGCAUGCUAGGAACCAACUGGGAAUCAUUUGAAUGUUUCCAAAAUUUGAUGUUAUUUUAUUGCAGACUAAUAAAAAGUAAACCAUAAUUUUAAUCA